AUGGCGAACCAGCCGCGAAUUCACGACCUGCACGACCCCAAAACUGGAACCUGGCAGUACGUGGUGGCGGACUCCGCGACUAAGGUAGCCGCCAUCAUCGACCCGGUGCUCGACUUCGAUGCUGCCACUGCUAGAGUCAGCACGAGCAAUGCGGAUUCACUCGUGGCCCUUGUAAAAGAAAACGGCUACACGAUUGACCUAAUUCUCGAAACGCAUGCUCACGCGGACCACCUUACAGCGGCUGGCUACCUCCAGGAGGAGCUGCGCAAGACGCAGGACAAGCAGCCGAGAAUAGGCAUUGGAAAACACAUCAAGCAAGUACAAGAACGGUUCGGUCAGAGAUAUCAAGUUGGUCACGAAGAGUAUGAUGAUGCAUUCGACUUUUUAUACGACGAUGGAGACCAAAUUACCAUUGGUGGCCUUACCGGAACUGUUCUCCAUCUGCCCGGCCACACUCCCGACCAUGUUGGGUAUCGCAUUGGAGACAACAUUUUCUGCGGAGACUCUCUCUUCAAUGCCGACGUGGGUUCUGCCCGUUGCGACUUUCCCGGCGGCGACGCCAGACAGCUCUUCGCUUCGGUCCGGAAGCUCUUGAGCCACCCUGAACAGUUCAAAAUUUGGACGGGUCACGACUAUCCACCCGAAACCCGUGACGGUCCCGUAUCGGCAAUGACGGUCGGCGAACAACGCGCACGCAAUAAGCAUCUUAAAGAUGGUGUCGUCGAGGACGAGUUUGUCAAGUGGAGGACCGAACGCGACGCCACACUGUCGGAACCGCGCCUGAUCCAUCACGCGCUACAGUUCAACAUUCGGGCUGGCAAACUCCCUGCAAAAAGUGCAGCUGGUGAUCGCUUGUUGCACCUGCCUAUUAAGACAGAGAAGUCCUGGUAA